AUGAAGGUCACCAUCAACCACUACCACGCCGUCGCCAUGUGGCGCUGGAACCUCAAGCCCUCUCAGCCUCCUCGCUCAACCUCGGACGCCGCCGACGCCCAGGGCCCGCAGUCCGACAGCGACGACGACGACGACGACGACGUGUGCGGCAUCUGUCGAGUCGCCUUCGACGGCUGCUGCCCCGACUGCAAGGUGCCCGGCGACGGCUGCCCGCCGAUCUGGGGCGAGUGCACCCACGUGUUUCACAUGCACUGCCUCAUGAAGUGGCUCGCGACCGACUCGUCCAAGCAGCAGUGUCCGAUGGACCGUCGCCCGUGG